UUAGAACUCUCUGGAAAGUCUAAACGCCCAGGUGCUUUUCCCAUUUCUAUCACUUCUUGUUUCGUGCGCUUUCCCGGAAACGGGAAAGGAAAAGGGGAAAAAAUAAUAAAUAAAGAAAAAGAAGAAGAAGAAGGAAAAGAAACGAAAGGAAAAAAAAAAGAAAGAAAAGAAGAGAAUUAGCUAAAAAGCGAAGCAAUAACCCGACGCGAGAAAACGAGAAGAAACCCUAACGUCGCCGGAGCGGAUCGAAGCCAUUGAAUUCCGACUGAAUCCUCCAAAAUUCCCGAAAUCUCAACCAUCCGAGAUUGAUGUUCUUCCAAAAUUCGCUUCAAUUUCUCGCAAUUUUGUAAUUUCGAUCCUGAUGCUUGUAGAUUGACCUGCCUAUAUCAUCCAUGGCGGCGGACAAGACUCCAUUGCUCUCGCCGACGAGCUCGCGAUCGGUGACGGAGACGGUGAACGGCUCGCACAAGUUCGUGAUCCAGGGAUACUCUCUGGCGAAGGGCAUGGGAGUGGGGAAGCACAUUGCGAGCGACAUUUUCACCGUCGGAGGUUACCAGUGGGCGAUUUACUUCUACCCCGACGGGAAGAACCCGGAGGACAAUUCCGCUUACGUUUCGGUCUUCAUCGCGCUCGCCAGCGAGGGCACCGACGUCAGAGCGCUCUUCGAGCUCACGCUUGUCGAUCAGAGCGGUAAGGAGAAGCACAAGGUUCAUAGCCACUUCGAUCGGGCGCUCGAGAGUGGGCCCUACACGCUCAAGUAUCGCGGAAGCAUGUGGGGAUACAAGCGUUUCUUCAGACGAGCUUUGCUUGAAACUUCAGAUUUUCUCAAGGAUGAUUGCUUGAAAAUUAAUUGUACUGUUGGAGUUGUAGUCUCAGCAGUAGAUUGUCCUCGAUUACACACUAUUCAGGUCCCAGAAUCUGAUAUGGGAGCACAGUUUGGCAUGCUGCUUGAAAAUAUGGAAGGUUCAGAUAUUACCUUUGACGUGGCUGGUGAAAAGUUUCAUGCUCAUAAGUUGGUAUUGGCUGCGCGGUCCCCUAUAUUCCGGUCUAAAUUCUUUGAGGGGUUAGAGGAAACUAAGGAGGAGGUUGAAGUCACAGAUGUAGAGCCUAAAGUUUUCAAGGCCAUGCUGCAUUUCAUAUACAGAGAUUCCCUCAUAGAGGAUGUAGAGUUGGAAACGUCAAGUUCGUCGCCUGUAUCAUUGGUAUCAGACUCAUUGACUGCAAAAUUAUUAGCAGCGGCUGAUAGGUAUGGUCUGGAAAGGCUCAGAGUAAUGUGCGAGUCUCAUCUGUGCAAGGAUAUAUCCGUGAAAUCUGUUGCUGAGAUUCUAGCUUUGGCUGAACGAUAUAAUGCCUCUGAUUUAAAAGCUGUUUGUCUAAGAUUUACAGCAGAAAACCUUGCAGGUAUCUUUUCCAUAUCAAUUGGUGAUUGUCCUUUUAAUUCUCAUUUUGCUGAUUUGAGAGUAAAUUUACAAAUAUUGCAAAUGGAUUUGAAAAGGCAACAUGUGAAUAAUCUGUGUCAAUGCCUUGAGUAUUUGUCGAUACCACAAAUACAAUCUAGGAAACUGUAA